GUUGGUUUGAAAGGGGCAAGGAGUUCCUAGUAGACAACGACGGAUGAUUCCUAACAGCGGUUCUCCAGCCACCAGUAACAACGACGAUGCGUCGGUUGGUGGUGGUGGUGGCGGCGGCGGCGGAGGCAGCGGUGGGGCCUCCAGUGGGUGUCUGAAGAAAGGGCCUUGGACGGCAGCAGAAGAUGCGAUUCUGAUGGAAUACGUGAAGAAGCAUGGAGAGGGUAACUGGAAUGCUGUCCAGAAGAACUCAGGCCUCUCGCGUUGUGGUAAGAGCUGCCGUCUCCGUUGGGCUAAUCAUCUCAGGCCUAAUCUCAAGAAGGGUUCCUUCUCUCCUGAAGAAGAGCGUCUCAUUCUCGAGCUUCACAGCAAGCUUGGCAACAAAUGGGCUCGCAUGGCCGCUCAGUUACCCGGACGGACAGACAACGAGAUCAAGAACUACUGGAACACCAGAGUAAAGCGACGGCAACGUGCAGGUUUACCGCUCUACCCACAAGAUAUACAGAAGCAAGCAGCUGCAUUCCACCUCAACCAGAUCAACCAGCCCCGGUCUUCUCCAUGUGCGCCUCCUCCAGCACCCACCCAACAUCCCUCGACGACGCAACAACCCCACAAGCCCAAUUUCGCUUCUCCUCUGCCCCUGCUCGAUCCUGUAAAUUUUCCUGUGACGACCCCUCUCUUAGGCCACCACCCUGCACCUUUUCUCCCGCCUCCAUUUCACAGAUAUAAGAGGUUUCGGGACAACAACUGUAUAGGAUUCUCUCUCCCUUUCUCUGCAACUCCUCCUCCUCCUCAACAGAAUCAUCCACCACCUCUGUUCAGCCAGGGUCUUAGCACCCAAUUGAUGCCAGCGUCAUCUUUUCAGCUUAAUUGCAGCAAUUUCGACUUCAAUCCACCACCACCAAUCCUGGGAACCACCCCAUUUGAAACCGACAGUGGUUCCCCUUUCUCCAUGAAAUUGGAGCUCCCUUCAAGCCAACUGCCCCAGCCAGCAGACACAGCUACUGCUGCCUUGGGCUCCGUAAAUGAUUAUAAGAUCAUCUCCCCGCUGGGCCGGGGCAAUAGUGGAUUAUUGGAUGCUCUGUUGCAGGAAUCGCAAGCUAUAGUGGAAAGCGAGGAUUCGAGGAGAGAUGAUUUGUUAGAAGAGAAAUGUGGAUUAGAUGGAUUGGUCAGCGUCAGCAAGGCCCCGCCUUCUGGGUCAAUUUUCUGUGAAAACGCUACCACCCCUCCAUUAGCGUCUGCCAGUCAUUGGGAUGAUUCCUGCUCUGCCCAUUCCUCCCCUGGGUUGCAGAUAAAGAAAGAAGGAACAGAUGAGAUCAAUUCCGUGGACGAGGAGGACUUGAACAAUUUUCUUGAUAUCAUCCCUUCUACAAUGCGAGUCCCUGAAUGGUAUAGCGAUAGCGGUGAGAUGUCAAAUGGGCAGUCAUCAGGUGUUACAGACGAUGAAAUUGGGCUUGAAAUGCAGCAGAUAGCUUCAUCUCUGUCUGUCCCCAACACGACUGACCCUGACUGGACGAAUUGGAACAACAUUCCUGGGAUUUGCUAAGUCUUUUGGCGAUUCAAGAUAAAACAAAAUUAUAGCUUAUUGAUUGCAGAUUGCAGAUUGCAGAUUGAUGGUUUGAUUUUUAUCUUUUUUUGUGCCAUUCUUCCUUUUUGAAGCUUUAAUAGAGUGGUUUGUCAUAUACAUUUGAAAUUUAUACGUAACUACAAGAACUUCACUGUGACGUUUGUUGUUAAUCAAAUACUAGUUUAUCUGUAGUGAAAAA